UUGCAGUUUGUGGCUUCAUUUUCGUGGGUGAGGUGUUCUGUAAAACUUACGCUAUAUUUUGAUGUCGAUGAUCUAUAAAAAAUGCUGCCAAAGUGUUAAAACCGUGCAAGUGCUCAAAUAUGUGUCGUGAUAGUGAUUUAUCCAUUGAUAGCUCCGAAGUGUAGUGUCCAACAUGUUUCGAUGUAUACCUUUGUUUAAAUGUAAUCGCCAAGUGGAAUGUGUAGACAAGCGGCACUGCUCGUUGCCUACUGUGCCUGAAGAGAUUUUACGAUAUUCUAGGAGCUUAGAGGAGCUUUUCCUCGAUGCCAAUCAUAUACGUGACCUCCCUAAAAACUUCUUCAGACUACAUCGACUAAGAAGAUUAGGUCUUAGUGAUAAUGAAAUUCAUAAACUUCCAUCUGACAUACAGAACUUUGAAAAUUUAGUUGAAUUAGAUGUAUCCAGAAAUGACAUUCCCGACAUCCCCGAGGACAUCAAGAAGCUCCGCGCGCUGCAGAUCGCGGACUUCAGCAGCAACCCCAUACCGCGGCUGCCGGCCGGCUUUAGCCAGCUGCGCGCGCUCACCGUGCUCGGCCUCAACGACAUGUCGCUCACCAGCUUGCCCAGCGACUUCGGCAGUUUGAUGUCACUACAGUCGUUGGAGCUGAGAGAGAAUCUACUUAGAUCAUUACCAGAAUCACUGAAGAACCUCACGAAAUUGGAGAGGCUAGACCUCGGGGACAAUGAAAUCGAAGAAUUGCCCGGGUUCGUUGGGGAGUUGCCUGCGCUUCAGGAGCUCUGGCUGGACCACAACAAACUGCAGUACUUGCCCAGCGAGAUCGGCAACCUCAAAGCCCUAGUGUGUCUGGACGUUAGCGAGAAUAAACUAGAGAAAAUUCCAGAGGAGAUCGGCGGGCUCUGCUCACUGACCGACUUGCAUUUGUCGCAGAACAUGCUAGAAACCGUACCGAACGGUAUAGGAGACCUAUCCAAGUUAGCUAUAUUGAAAUUGGACCAAAAUAGACUGCAUACGUUAAAUGAAAAUACUGGAAGGUGUACGAGUCUACAAGAGUUGAUAUUGACGGAGAAUUUCUUAAUAGAGUUGCCCAAAUCGAUCGGGAAUCUCAAGGAGUUGACGGUACUGAACGUAGAUAGGAAUUCUUUAGCCGAAAUACCUUUGGAGAUAGGCAAUAUGACGUUGUUGGGUGUUCUCAGUUUGAGGGACAACAAGUUGACGAAAUUGCCCAAUGAGUUGGGCAACUGUAAGUCCCUACAUGUAUUGGAUGUUAGUGGCAACAGGCUUAACUACUUACCCUACACACUAGUGAAUUUAGAAUUGAAAGCGGUGUGGUUAUCAGAAAACCAAGCGCAACCACUACUUACCUUCCAAACCGACAGGGAUGAGGCAACCGGGGAAAAUGUACUCACAUGCUUCCUAUUACCCCAACUGAGUUAUACACAGCAGCCAGAAUUGGAUCAUACGUCAGAGGUCGGCAGUGGCACAUGGUUCAGGGAACACAGAUUUAAUUCACAGUCACAAGAGCUUGAUAGAAUUAGAGAAACUCGGGAUCAAGACUCAGACGACGAUUGGGAGGAGAAGGAAGCGUCUCGCACCAUAUCCGUCAAGUUCACUGAAGACAUGCCAGAAGCGAAAGAGACGCCGUUUGUGAGACAGAACACGCCACAUCCGAAGGAGCUGAAGGCUAAAGCUGUGAAACUGUUUACUCGGACUCCGGAGCAGCAACCUGAGAAGCCAGUAGAUCCGCCCACUGUGAAUGGAACCAUCAAGUCGCCUCCCGAACCCGUGCAGGCUACAGAGUUUGUUAAACCUGUACCAGCGCAAGUGGUAACGGAGGUGCUCCCGGACGAGGACAACUCGUACGACAAUCGCGCGCACGAAUCCUCCGAAGGCGAACAGGAGGAGAACGAUGAUUCCGAGGAGCUCGAGCGGGGCGAGGGUCGGCGGGUGGCGUGGCAUGGCGUUCGGGACAAGGACGGCAAGAUCACGGGCGGCCGCCUGCACCGCCGGGAUACUCCACACCACCUUAAGAACAAGCGCAUCAACACCAUCGACGCGGGCCGCGCCAGAGAUCUCAUAGCGCAGGCGAUAAAGAAACGAGAGCAACACGAAACGAAAACCGACGACGAGGAGGCCGCAGACGACGCGCCUGAUGGCGAAUCAGUAUCUGAGCGCGCCGACAGCGAGGCUCGUAUAUUGAACGAGCAGCGAUGCAUAGAAGUACGCAUCGCGCGGUCGUCCGGCGGGCUCGGGCUCAGCAUAGCCGGCGGCCGCGGCUCCACCCCCUUCAUAGGCGACGACGACGGCAUCUUUAUAUCGCGGGUCACGCCCAACGGACCCGCAUACAAUGCUGGACUCAGGGUUGGUGACAAAGUGUUGGCGGUGAACGGUACGUCAGUGGUGGAUGUGGACCACUACUACGCCGUCGAAGUGCUCAAAGCCAGCGGUGCAGUACUCACUCUAGUGAUCACCAGAGAAUCACCUACAUCCACCAGAACACACAGCCGGGCGCCGAGCGGCGCGAGUCAUCAUUCCGUGUCCAGCACCACAGACACUAUUUCCACGUUGGAAAAUGGACAGAUACCGACCGGUCGCGGGGUGCCGAUGAAGCCGCUCAUCAUCAGCAACCAGUACGCGGAGGAGUACGAGCCAGAACAGAAGGAGCCAGUGGUAACCCAGGUGGUGCAGACUGCUGCGCCGACGCCGGCGCCAACGUUCCAGAGGUUACAGGCGUCGCCGCCGCCCGCCACACAGCCUUAUGUCCCACCGGUGUACCAACAAAAGGUGUUGGUCCACACGACGCUGAUCCGCGACGGGUCUGGUCUCGGGUUCAGCAUCGCAGGCGGACGCGGCUCCCCGCCGUACCGCGACGACAGCGACGCGCUGUACGUGUCGCGCGUCUCGCCGCUCGGUGCCGCCGCCAAGGACGGCAAGAUGGCGGUCGGCGAUCGGCUAGUGUCGAUAAAUGGCGUUGACAUGGAAAACGCGCCGCAUGAAGCUGCAGUCGCCAUGUUGACUGGUCACGAGAGAUUCGUGAGAUUAGUACUGGAGAGAACGAUCACAUCCGAUCAAGGCGAGUUGCCGUCCCGAAAAUCCAUAUCCGAAGAGAUAAAAGAGCUGAAGUCGAGUCACACCAACAUCAGCGCCGCGUCGACACCCAAGCCGAGCGCGAACCACGUCCCGCCGGUCGGCAACCACACUACGCGGGUCUCGCACGCUUCACCGCAACCGCACGUGCAAACGGCACAACCGCAACCGAGGCAGCAACCUCCGCAACCGACUUAUGCACCCAUCACAAAACAAACACAACCACAGACCCAAACUUUCGCACCAGCCGCACCGCAACCCGCACCGAGAAAACUCAGUCAAACGAACGGAACGGCGGGAACCAAACCGGCAACUAACAGUACGAGCACGCCUCUAACUCCCGGCGCCAAUAAAUUGCACGGCUCUAGCGACGACGUGUUCGACGAUAUUCAGCCGGCGCGGCCGCUAACGAACGAGGACUUCCAAGCGAUGAUACCCGCGCACUUCCUGGGCGGCGCGCGCGCGGAGGAAAGCGUGGCGGAGGGGGGGACGGGCGUGAGCGUGACGGUGCGGCGGCCCCGCCCCCCGCCCGCGCUGCCCGCGCCGCCCGCCGCGCCCGGCCGCGUCACUGAGACCAUCACCAAGUCGACCUUCACCGAGACCACCGUCACCCGCGUCACCGACAACCGCCUCGUCGCGCCGCUAAUCAUAGAAGAAGUCACAUUGCUAAAGGAAGGUGGAUCUCUCGGGUUCAGUAUAAUUGGCGGCACAGAUCACUCCUGUGUCCCGUUUGGUGGAAAAGAACCGGGAAUUUUUAUAUCACAUGUGGUGCCGGGUGGUGUGGCCGCUCGGUCGGGCAAGCUGCGCAUGGGUGACCGCCUGCUCGCCGUAAACGGUACGCCACUUGCGGGCGCGGCGCACCGCGACGCCGUACAACUACUGCUGCAACCUGGACCGACGCUGGCUCUGACAGUCCGACACGACCCGCUGCCCGCUGGUUUCCAGGAAUUAACGAUCGUUAAACAAGAAGGAGAGAAAUUGGGCAUGCAUAUAAAGGGCGGUCUGAAUGGUCAGCGCGGCAACCCUAAUGAUCCUAACGACGAAGGAGUUUUCAUAUCGAAAAUCAACAGUGGUGGUGCGGCAAGGGGAGAUGCAAGACUAAAGGUCGGUAUGCGUCUGCUGGAAGUGAACGGAGUGUCGCUGCUGGGCGCGUCGCACGCGGAGGCGGUCAACGCGCUGCGGUCGGCGACGCGCGCGCCGCUACACCUAGUGGUGUGCCACGGAUACUCGCGGGAUAAGUCGGUGGGCAGCGAAAGCGGAACAGCAGAUACGGGAGGUUCUCUAUCUCACUCCACGUCAAGCCUGGACAGAGAUGACUCGUUGCACCAACCAUCGGAGCAGCGUGUACAACAGGACUUAGUUGAGUUUGAAUACGAGAAACAAGUCGCCGAAACGCGAGGAAAAUCGACGCCGGAAAAGGUGAUGGACAUAGUGCACGCGGUAGAGAGUAUCGCCCUCGAGCCCGGGCCGCCGACGUCGCCCGAGGCACAGCACAAGACCACCACCGUCGUCAUGUCCAAACACACGCUCCAGCCUCAGACGUCGAGUGGGCAAGGGGCGCCGGCGUCGGACGCGGCGCUCCGCACGUCGUCGCCACUCACCAGCGCCGCGGCGGACCGGGACGGCACGCCCGUCGACCCGCCUCCGCACAGACCACCAGCUAAACAAAAACCACAAGUGCCCCGCAAGCCACAACACAAACGAGUUAGUUUCACCCAGGAACACGACGAUCGACAGCCUCCGAACGACCAGACAAACUCACGACCCGACCCGCUUAAUCCGCAUGGAGUCGCCAGGGGAACGAACACUAACGAUGCAUGCAAACCGAAACCCUCCAUACUAAUGCAAAAAACCGGUAGCGAUCUCGACACUUCCAGGACUGUAGUUCGUUCCGAUGAGUUUAUAAUUCCGCCGCCGCCUCUGUUCGCCUCCAAAGUAAGUCAGAGCCACUUAAUACAUCAGAAGCCCCCCGAGCUAGAUCUCCCCCUGAUAACGAUCAUUCCGGAGCGCAUCGUCCUCCCCGAGCCCGUCGUCGCCGAAACGACCGUUCCGUCCUCCAACUCGACGAACUCCCCCGAGUCGGAGUUACCCCCACCUGUAAAUUAUAGCGCUCAUCCCAAAGUAGUUUCAUCGCUCCGGCUAGAUGAUGACAUGUCGCAAUCGCCCAUCUUUUCCACGGUGCCCCCUAGUCAGAUCUUCCGGACCGAGUGUCCCGAAACCGACGAGGUUUUCGAUGAGUCCGUCAGUCCGAGCGGGGAGCCCGAACCCCCCGAACUUCUCCAGGCCCACUACGGGACGCUUCCGAGCGUGUCGCACGUCCCCAACUCCCCGUGCUUCGUGCAUCCCGAUAAAGGCUACUUCACGGACCCAACGAAUCGGGCAUCCUUGACAGAUUUGAGGACCAGAAACUUAUCUCCAAAUAUGGUCCACUCGGCCACCUAUCCGCCCAUAAACCCCUACCCCUCUCUGACGACAGUAGCGGGGACGUUCAACCCGUACACUUGCACCGUGCCUACUCACGUCUCAUCCGGCGACACGUGCUCCUCCCCCUCCAAACCGCAUCUGUCCCCGUCCAUAGUCAGUCACGUAGAGAAGGACAUCAACGCUAACGUUGCGCCCACUCUUUCGAACAAAUCGAGUGAUAGUUCCAAAAAUGUACAGUCGGAAAGAAGAGUUCGUUUUAGCGAUACGAUGACCACGCCGGAAUGCGAUGUCCUUAACAAUUGGGAGCCAGCGAGAGAGGGGAGUGUCUCGUCCAUCCCGACACCCGCAUGGAGCAGCAAAAUCAAAUCCUUCGCCGUCGGCGAGGCUUCCCCACCUCAUUCUGGUAAUUUUGUGAAAGCCUCUGUCAGCGAUAAGAAGAAGUUCUUCGAGAACGCAAUGGAAGAAAGUCACAAGACAUCGCCAAGACCAGAGAAGGUAUUCACGUUCCUAUCAGCGGAUGAGGUGGAGAAAUUGAAGCAGGAGGAGGAGCGCAAGAUGGCGACGUUGUCCCGCAGCGAACAGCGCGCCUGGUCGCCAGAGGGACACACCGACAGCGAACUGUCCGACGACGAGCCCUACGAGAAUGGCCACAGCCGGCGACGGAUACGUAAACGCGUGUCGUCAGGCGCUGUGAGCCCGUCAGCGAAGUCGCGACGACGCGCAGGCACGGAGGAGGACGCUAGCACGCGAGCCGCGCGCCGCGCCGCGUGGCGGGCCGCUCGGCUGCGCUCGCUAGAGCAGGACGCGAUUGAAUCACAAAAAGCGAUUAAAAGCAUGGUUGGUCCUGCGCAUGAGAUUAUAGGGGAGGUGCCUGCGAGAGACAGAUCGCCUCCCGAGAAAUGGCCCCUGCCGCGAAUCGCGUUGCGUACUAAACCGGGGCCGAUUCUGGCCGUCAAGGAGAAGGAAAAGUUGUUAGACGAGAGAAUUACCGUCCGGACCGAGGAAUACGUCUGUCCGACCACGGGCGAUACUAAAGUCCGAACCGUCGAGUACAUUGAGAAAGUCAUAGAGAAAGAGGUCGAAACGACGCAAGAGAAGAUCAUAUCGUUGGAGCUAACUACUAGUCCGAGUAGCGAGACGGCUCCUGACCUAGACCUGGGGGCGGAAGCGGAGGCGGGGGAACAUUCUCUCCAGCCGGAUAUAGUACAAGUCGUCAAUCCGCUGCUCGACGGCGGCGCGGGGCGGGUCACGGCGAUACCGGUCGGCCCCGCCCACCGCCUUACUAACGUCAACGAACAGUAAGCCAGCUGGCGUAUACGUGCAGGUGGCAUAAUACGCUCGCAGUGUGUGGCAGAUACGACGUAUACGUACGGCACGUGGCAUAAUACGCUCGCAGUGUGUGGCAUAUGUGCCGUUUUUAAUUAUUAAAUAUCUUGUGACUUUUGGACGUAAGCAUUAAUGGGAAAGGAUGUCAACGCAAUAUGUCAGUCCUUCGGUCUUCGUAACAGCAUAAUAUUAUUUUGGUUGAAUAUAGCUAAACUAUUGUAUGCGCUACUUUCUACGUAAUUUAACGAUAAUUAAUUGGGUGAUUGAGUGGCAGCUAAUAAAAGUGGAAGUAGUAGUAUUGUAUCCAAAAAUCAAUAUCAUUACGUUUUAAAAUAGCUAAAACCGUGGUCAUAAUAAUUACAUAAUAUUAUGACAUAACACUUCGAGCGUAUUAUAUGCCAAGUUCGUUGUGACGUCACGAACCUCGGUACCUUCGGUAGACGGUGCGGUAAAGUCCGCCUAUAUUGUAUAGGGUUGCCAAAUUCCUUUCAUUGUCCAUUUUACAUAAUCUAGAUGAAAACUUCUUCCGUAAUGUACACGUGUCUUGGAUUUUAGAGUAUUAUAUGUACGUUUUUGUAUAUUAUAUUACAGUUGUAAAUUUUAAACGUUCACAUCAUAGUUAUGUAUUUCGUAUCUGACGACCCAUGGUUCUCCCAUGACAAUUCAGUCGAUCGAUAAAUUCGAACUUGACAGCAGUUAAUAAAAACACAAUUUCACCAACGUAUUUGGUAUUGUUUGUCUCAAUCGUUACUUUAAUUUAUAUUAGGAACGAUAGAGAUAACAUUAUAUUUAAACAGGCGUUGGUGAAAUUGUGAUUAAGCCCAACAACGUCAAGUCACAAGUCGCCAUCGACAGCCAAAACUCGGUGUCGAUCGUCGAAUCUCGAAUUCGACCAUCAAAACCGUCAAAACUCGGUAAAAGAUUUCUUCGAUGUGCCAGCGAUCAUGUACGAUUUCCACCAUUUGUAUUAUAACUGUGAUAAUUAAUAUAGAAAUCCACCGACUCUCACUUUUUGUUCACAUGGAAGAUUUCUAUUAUCGAGUUACUUUACACUUAUGUUGUUCGAUCACAAUUUUUAUUUUUCUACUACAAUUUUGCGGCCAGAUUUUAGUUCUAUUUUGAUAUCUAUCUUGAAAUACUUUACGUAUUUUUAAUAUUUUCAUUCCGUGCGAGUUCUUUUUUAUUUGACUGAAUGCGUGAUGCUACUGGAAAACUGUAUGUUGGAUUACUGUUAAUUUAGAUUAAUUGUUGUGAAAAAUAUUUUAAUGAUUCUAUCGAUGGAUUACGGAGUAAAGUAGAUCAUGUCCAUAAAAUAUGGAAACACGGUCGGCAAAAGUUCCGGGGCUCCGGAAAAUUGUUGGACCGUCGG